CUAUUCGUUUCAAACAUCACAACAACUUUCACUCCAUUUUAGGUGACAAGUCAAUUUCCCAUGUUGUCAUGGGAUAAUGCUUUUAAAUGUCACUUCCUGCCGUCUAAUUAUUCUAGUUUUUAAAAAAAUAAAAUUGUUCUUUCACAGUAGCCAGUAUUUAUAGGGUUACGGAUGCAGGAAAAUGACGCGAUAUUUUUGCAGACGAUAAUAAAGAAAUCUUACACAACAAAUCAAUACCAUCUUUCAAAGCAAUGGUUAACUACUUGUUGAUUCUCGCUGCUUGUGUGGCAGUAGUUGCUGCGGGUGGCCGACAGCUCGAAGGCGACGAGGGAGAAUACGGAAGGUUCAAUAAUUGGAGAAAAGUAAUUUGCGAAAAAGAUGAAGACGUACACAAAGCAUUAGAUAACUGCCUCCAAAUGGAGCCGAAACUAAUCAAAGAUGCAAUAUCCGACUGCAUGACUGAAGUCUUACCUUCAUCCAAAGGUGACUCGAUAGAAUUCACGCAUUCCGCAUGCAAGGAUCAAUCCCUCUUUAAAAAGCUGGACAAGUGUUUUGCUGAAUAUGAAGCCAAUGCAGAAUUCAAAAAACAGUUGGAAUUGAAAGAAGAUGUAAAAGCCUGCUAUGCAAAUGUGCUUAAGAAAUUCGAUCUACCGCAACUGUUGCCCUAUCUCAACGGGACUGCGAAAUCUACUUAGAACUGUAUUGCGGAAAAACUUGCAACAAUCUUGAUGGAACAUAUUUCAGGGAAACGAUUUUAUGAACUUUAAAUAAUUUCUAAUAAAAAUGUCAACUAUUUGCUAUUUGU